AGAAGAACGAAUGAAGUCAAUGACGAUUGAAGAAGACUGUCAGGCCGUGCGACUGUGCGAGGAAGAAGGCGAGAACCGAGGAGCAGCAAACCUGCGAGUCUGCGAGGAAGACUGUCACACCUUGUUCCACCAAAAUGUUGAUCCAAAAGUUAAGGGAGGAUGGAUGGGAUAACUUCUUAGAAAUUGUUAGAGUUUUGCAAAAAGUAUGAGAUUGAAGUUCCAAAUAUGAAGUCUCCUUAUGUGGCAAAACGCAAACGCAACGAUCAAGAAGGGUUUGAUAUUGAACGUCACUAUCGGGUUGAUAUGUUUUAUGCAACCAUAGAUUCACAAUUGUUGGAGCUGAAUAGCAGAUUCAGUGAACAAAUAAUGGAUCUUCUUACUCUUAGCGGUGCUUUGGAUCCUAAGGACUCAUAUAUAAGUCCUUUAACAUUGAUGAUAUAUGUUCUUUAGUGGAUAAAUAUUACCCCUUUGAUUUUAUUGAGCAGAAGAAGGUGGGCUUGAGGUUUCAAUUGCAACAUUAUAAGCUCAAUGUUCUAAACCAUCCAAAGUUGGCUAAUUUGUCUACAAUAGGUGAACUUUGUCAAGGAUUAGCAGAGACGGAGAUGUCAAAAGUGUACUUUCUUAUUGAUAGAUUGAUCCAACUUUUGUUGACUCUACCGGUUUCGACAGCAACAACAGAAAGGGCUUUUUCAGCAAUGAAAAUUAUAAAAACAAGGCUUCACAAUAAAAUGGAGGACGAGUAUCUAGCAGACAACCUUGUUGUUUAUAUUGAAAGAGAAAUUGCUAAAACUUUUGACUCAAAAGCCAUCAUUGAGGAAUUUAUCUCGUUGAAGGAGCGUCGGGCACAAUUCUAAGGUUUUCUCAUUUUCGGUCUAAACCAUGCGAGGCGCAGAGCGCUCUCUCUAUGAAACCAGUGAUCAAGCCUCUCCUUCAGCCAUGCAGGUUGACGCCGAGCCCCUCCCCAAGUCAUCAGGCUUGGAACUACCGGCAAUCAGCGAGGGAAAACGUGGGGCGGCCAUGAGGUUCGUGCGGGUUAGCCGCGGUGCUCGACCAUGUAUGCAUGCGGAGGAAGCUACCGGGCAGCAGGUUGACGUUCCCCCAGAGACGGUUCCAGCUAGGCGGACUACUACUCCUGAGGCUCAGCAACUGAGCGUCCCAGGUAGAGUGCGGGCACAACACGUGGACGUGUCAGAUUCCGACGAUGAUUCCGGUGCUCGGGGGGAUCCGAGUCUUUGGUGG